AUGUCUGUAUCUACGACCACGAGACGGGUGAUAUUGGACGUGGUGUUAUUUGCUGCUUCUCAAGUAGCGUUAUACUACACCGUCCGAUGGGUUAUGGACGGGUUUAUGCCCGGGGAGAAGAAGGAGGUGAAUGCAAAGAGUCUAAAAGCUUUGGAAAAGAUGGGGCAUGUGGACCUCAAGCUGGACGAAUACGAAAAACAAAUAGCAUCUGAGGUCAUACAUCCGGACGACAUUGACGUGCAGUUCUCAGACAUCGGUGGUCUGGAGCCGAUCAUCUCGUCCUUGCGCGAAUCGGUGAUAUACCCUCUCGUAUACCCUCACCUCUUCUCCUCGUCCUCGCUUCUAGGUGCGCCGAAAGGUGUGCUAUUAUACGGACCUCCAGGAUGCGGAAAGACCAUGCUCGCGAAGGCUCUUGCAAGGGAGUCGGGCGCUACGUUCAUAAAUAUUGCGGCGUCUGUGCUGACCAACAAGUGGUACGGCGAGUCCAACAAGCUCGUGGCGGGGCUGUUCUCCUUGGCCCGCAAGACACAGCCGAGUAUUGUAUUCAUUGACGAAAUUGAUUCGUUCUUGAGGGAGAGAACGAAGGGCGACCACGAAGUAACGGGAAUGAUGAAGGCAGAGUUCAUGACAUUGUGGGACGGCCUGACUUCGAGUACGGAUCGGAUAUUGGUCCUUGGCGCCACCAACCGACCAAAUGAUAUCGACUCUGCAAUCCUUCGACGAAUGCCGAAGCGAUUUUCUGUCGGUCUCCCUGAUUUGGACCAGCGGCAGAAAAUUCUAAGCCUCAUGCUCACAGACACUGAGCUGGACCCGAGCCUGUCUCUGCGUACAUUGGCUGUGGAGUUGGAAGGGUUGUCGGGCUCAGACUUGAAGGAGUUCUGUCGCAAUGCCGCUAUGAGGCCAAUGCGGGAAUUCAUACGUGAAGCAGACGAUAAACAGGAACUACUCGACCGAUGUAAUGAAGAGGGAUUCAAGCUACGACCAUUGACAUUCGAAGACUUCUUCCAUUCUGACAAUACUAGUUCGUUGGCGUCGACGAUAGUGGAGGAAGUCUCAUGA